AGCAGAUGAAAUGCAUCACUCCCAUGGUGGGUUGUCAGGGAUUUAUGCAGUCACACUUCCACCAUUGAGUACAUUACCAUCUUGGAGCAGAACCUCCUUUCAGCAUAAACAAAAAUUGUCCCUUCAACCAGAUAAACUACGCCCUCUAGCUAGCUGUGUUGCCAAAAGUUCUCGUAGCAGUGACAUUGCAUCAAGUAAAAGUAAUAGCCCAUUAACUUCAGAUAAAGAAGAGAAUGUGCUUCAUGUGCUAGAGCUAUACAAACAGAAAGUUAAGUAUCUUACUGGCAACAUAGACUUUCUGAAAGAUGAGCAUCACAAGAUUUUAAAGAGCUUACAUGAAGAAAUUGAACGUAUGAAAUAUGAGAACAAGGAGCUCAAGUUUAAAUUGAUUAUUUCGGAUGGUAAUCCACCUGCUUGGAUGCAGGAAAAAGGAUGGCAUGAUAAAAAGGAAAGUAAAAGUGCAGUUUCAAGUUCACCUUCCAGGAGAAACCAUAAGGUUUAUGAUGAAGAGAUCAGUUUGUUGCGGGAUAAUCUGAGCCAUGAAAAGAACAAGAACAAAGUGCUGCAAGAAGAACUAAACGCCAUGAACUCACUUGAUCUCGAUUGCAAUCUAAACGAAUCACCUGAUGAAUUUGAUCUUGAUGUUCCUAACACAAUUGAAGAAUGCUACACUUUGAUCAGCUCUCUGAGGUCUGAGAAUGAUGCCCAGCAGAAGGAGAUAGCAUACCUUCAAGGAAAAUUAAAUGAACAAGACAAUUCUGCCCAUUCUCAAGCCAGUGAUCAUCGGGUUAUGUCAUCGCUGCCUGCUUUGAGACCAGCCUUGCAAAGUAAGGUUGUUCAUCGGAUGAAGAGACAACAAAUAAUGACCAAAGAGAAGAACAGGCAUGACAUCUUAAAGGAGUUAUAAUAGAAUGCUGAUUUCAAAUAAUCAUAAAUUUCCUUGGCCAAUGCAAAACCUUCUAUUGCAUUGACCUCUCCUGCACAUAUAUUUCAUGAUGAUGGAGAUGAAUGAUGUUUAUAUUUAUGUAAAUAGAUCUGUAGUUAUGCAUUCAUAAUGACUUUGAUUGGUAAGAUUGGUAAUUUAUUAGUAUCACAUAAUAAUGUUUGUUAAAAUUUGUGAAUACAGUAUAGCAUUUAUUAAAAUUUUUCAUGAUUUGGUUUGCAUCUUUAUCCAGAUUCUUUUCUUCUGAAAAGUGAUUUUAAUCACUGUAAUAGAUUUUAAAAUAAUUGUUCUUGAAUCUCAAUGCGCGUAUCAUUAUGGAAAUAAUAAAUCAUUGUUCUUUUAAACCAGGAACAUCUAGAUUCUAGAUGGAGUAAUCAAAAUAUUAUAAUCAUCUGUUAUUAUGAAAUUCCUUAAAUAAUUUUCAGUGGACUGGUUUCCGAAAAUAAGGGUCAAUAUAUAAAUGCAAUGUCGUAUGUAGGUUCUGUAGCCAUGAAUUCCAGGGAUAAAAAUUGUAAAUUUCAAAUGUAUGCCAUCUGGCUUGAUUUCGAAAUUAUUUAUAUACGUGUUUAUGUGUUAUUUUAUCGUCUCAAUUGUAUCUCUUCACCUCGCAUGAAAAAACUCUCGGUAAAUAACUGAUAAAUUAUUCAAAAUUAAUCGUAUCAAAAAGCAGAUCAAACCGUAUUAAACCAGUAGGUUAAACUUGAAAUUGAUUAAAUUAUUUUAUACGAUUUACUUUAUUCGUGAUUUACUUCACAACACGAAACAUACAUGAACUAUAACCAGAACUCUAAUUGACAGGCAUGAAUAGUUCAGAGAUAGGGGACUUUAAGAGCCUUGAGGGUGCACGUGAUACAUGUUCAAACCUGCUCACUCAAUGGUUAGACGAUUUGCAGUUGCUGUGGGGCGAAGUUGGCAUCCCGCCCGAACAGCAGAUCACUAGAAUAAAAGUGGUAUAUGAGAAUUUGUCUGAACUUUGUAGAGCAAUGGUAGAUGAGGAAAAGUCCCGUAGAGAUGGCUACAUAGAGAACAUCGCAAAGUGUAGAGCUGAAUGUCAGAGACUAGCGGAGGAGCUGGAGACCUCCUUUGAGGAGCCACCAGAAGAUUAUACAGUCCUUAGAAAGGAGAAAGUUCUUAGAAAUCAGGUGAAACAGUUGAUAAAAGAGCGUCAAUUGAGGCUGCGUGAAGCAAUAUCUCUGCGAACACAAGAGGGGGAGUUAUGUGCACGAUUGGGGAGGAUUCCUGAGUACAUUCAAUCAGACACAGUACUGACCAAGGAGCAAGUCAAGGAGGCUAACACUCGCAUCGGGUUUCUGACAGCAGAGAAGAACAAGAGAGAUAUCAAACUAGCGAUAGCAGCUAAGGAUAUCCUAGAGUUGUGGACUGAGCUGAAUAUCAGAGCACGUAACGACAGGGAGGAACACAUUGAGUCUGGUAACUUGGACUCAUUCCAGCUUUCUAACGAGAACAUGCAGUGGUUAGAACAGAUGAAACAGAGCUUAUCGAUGACCCUGGAUGAUAACAAGAGAUUACAGAAGAGUCUCAUGACCAAGGUGCAGAGUUUGUGGACCAGGAUGGAACUACCAGAGGAGGAUCAGAAAAAGUUUUUAGAGCAACACACUGGAUAUUCUGAUGCACUUAUUGUCAAGCUUAAAGAGGAGGUCCGACGGCUAGAAGAGCUGAAAUUACAAAACUUGGAAAGAUUCAUCAAGCUGACACGAGACGAAAUAGAGAAGUACUGGGAGCUUAUGUUUUACAGUGAAGAAGACAAGCGACUAUUUACACCUUACUUCAGUGAGACUGUCGGGGAGAACUUACUGCAAGAACAUGAGAAGAAGUUGGAGUGUUUGGUUCAAGAGUACAACAGCUACGAGAACCUUUACAUGACAAUCAAAUCGAGGAAUAAAAUGUGGGAGAGAUACGAACAAAUGGAGUGCAAGGAAAGUGACCCGAAUAGGUUUGAUAACAGAGGAGGAAAACUACUGAAAGAAGAGAAAGAAAGGAAGAAGAUUCUCAGGGAUCUUCCCAAGUGCGAAGACUCGAUAAUUCGUGAGAUUUCAACGUGGGAAAGCGAAUCUGGCAGGAUAUUUACUGUUUUCGGUCACAAAUUCUCUGAUUAUCUCAACAACCAAAAAGAAGAGCUUCAGAAUCGAAAAGAUCAGAUGAAAGAAAACAAGCUGAAAGCCAAGGAGGAGGCAAUGCAGAAUGAACUAACGUAUGGAAGUACUCCCGCUAAAACGCCUAAACGUAGGAUUGCCGGUACCACCAUCCUUACCCCUGCUAACAAACGAACCAAGACGGGUCACACGCCCAACACAACGCCCACAAGAGCAGCCAGGACACCCAGAACCAGAUUUGUACACAGCAGUCUGGUAGCCAAGUCUCCAAUAAGAACACCCGUCCGUGAGAAGAACUUUCCCAGGGUGGUAGUAAAAGUACCUGGUCAGAAGCGACCGGACACGCCCACCAAAAAAGCGGCACCCAUAGUCGAGGAAUUUGUCCCAGAAGUGCGAGCACCCGCCAUACAGGCCCCUAGUACCAGUAAAGAGUCCAGUAUGGACAGUGGCUGUGUCAGUGUCAGCAAUUUAGAUUUAGAUAACCAAGUCGCUGAUUACGCAGAUUUCGAAAACGAGGUCAACCACCCCACCAGAGAACUGAUGAGAAGUAGUUCAGUACACAUGACAGCAAGCCCAGAAAACAAUCCCAGAAAAUCGCUUCUAUUUACCAUCCAAGAGUCAGAUUGUAAAAUGGCGGCUCCACAAGUCGAGCUUGAAAAGUUCGAACGCUACAACCCAGUCAAUCCUCUGCCAGAAGAAAUCAGAUCCCUUUCCAACGACGAAACUGUUUGCAAGUUCUGCGGAGUGUCCUACCUCAUCCACAACGAGAUAAAAAAGUUAGAAUUAGAACUCGAAAAUGUUAAGUCACAACUCGUAGGGUAUGAAGACAUGAAAGCGAACUUUACUAGCCUGGAGAAAGAUAACAAAGAUAUGAAGGAUAAAAUUGGGUGGUUUGAGCUGCGAUGUUCAGAACAAGAGCGGAUGAUCAAAGAUUUGAGUGACAGUUUGAGUGCAAAGUCUGGGCAGUGUAGCGCUCUAAAGGAGGAAUAUUCGAGUUUGAGUGAACGUUUGGAGGAACAAGCUGUUUUGUACAAGGAGCAGACUGCCAAGUUAUCUAAAUUCCAGAAAUAUGCUAAAUUCUACCCUCCUUUAUUGAAACAACUUAGUCUUGUGAAGGAACAGGAAUCUAAACUAAAGCAGGAGAUAGUGGAGUAUAAACAUACGUUCGAUGCUGAUAUAAAAAUCGUCACUUCUUAUCUCAGUGUCAUGUCAAAUAAAUGCCAAGAAACUGAAUCUAAAUUACAAGAUAGUCUUAACGAAACUGCUUCACUUAAAGAUAAAGUUGUUACGAUUACCAAAACAAACUCUGGUUUGUGUGAACAGCUUGCCAAAGCACGAGAUAAAGUGGCUAUGCUGGAACGAUCUUCAGCUUCUCUCAACCACGCGCAACAGCAAAACGUGCAACUCUCCCAGAUGGCUUCAGAAACACAGCGUGAAGUCGAAGAGUGUAAACGAGAUCUUGCGGAGUCAACAGAGGAGAAAGAAAACCUGCAACGUACUCUGUCUGGAAAGAACCAAGAGAACACAGAGCUAAAACAGAGAAUUAAUGAAUUAACGAAGAGACACACUGCUCAGAUCGAGGAUUUAAACAAGAAGUAUCAGUCUUCUUUAGAAAUGCAAUCCUCUCUUAAGACCAAGAUUAACUCUCAUGUUGAGAAUAUGACUAAGGAUAAGGAGCACAUUUCGUCUCAGACUACUCGAUUGCAGGUAGAAAAUGGUGAGCUGAAAAAUGAAUUGGGUCGGCUGACUAAAGGUCUCCAAACUAUCGAAGAAAGAACUCGGCAUAUUUCAGAAUCUCACAGAAUCCAGCUUUCAGAGCUCCACGCAAGUUACCAGGAUCAACUUGAAUCAGCUCUGGCUAAUUCAAAUAUGUACAAAAGUGAGGUUGAAAAAUUGGUAGCCAUGCAGAGCAAACGUGAUUCUGAACUGAAAAGUGCUCUGAAGCAGCUUCAUGACAAGCAUGAAGGUCAGAUAAAAGUUAUAGAGAACACUUACAAGCAGUCACAGAUCGAUCUUGAAAAACAAAUCGAUAAUCUCUCGACGCAGUAUAGCAAAGAUCUACGCACGAAAGAGCAAGCUAUUAAAGAUAUUGAGAAGUCGUUUUCUCUCCAGUUUGAUACACUGAGGGGCGAUAAAACAUCCCUCCAAAACAGCGUCAAUCAGUUGAACAAGCAAAUAGCAGAGUAUGAGACAACUAUAAAGCAGUUGGAAUGUAAACCUGCAUCUCCCGCCGACGAAUCAGAUAAACUCAAAUCACUUAAACUCCGGAAUAGUCAGCUGGAAAAAGAGGUUUUAACGUUGCAAAGGAUAGUGCAAAAGGAAUGCGAAGAAAGAUUAGAACUCACCGAAAGGUUGGAUCAGUUUAAAGCUGAAGUCUGCGAUAGAAAAGUUCGAGAAAAUUCUGACGUGACCUCUCGGAAUUCUGUAAGUUCUGUUUCUUCACUUCCUAAGGUUGGAACAGGAUUGAGUCACAAUAAAAAGAAUUUAAAGAAGAAAAUGCCUAAUAGUAAUAAGGGUAAUAAGUAUUCGAGUUGGUUACAGAAAUAGGAUUUUAUCAGUCUAGCUUCGGCUCAUCAUGUGCCAAG